AUAAAAACUGAGGCAAAUGACAAAGCAGUAUGUGUAAACAUUUCGUCUGAAUCUCUCUUUCUCUCUGCAUGCUAUGGAGAAGCACGACCACGAGGAGGAGCAACCCAAACCUGUGGUUCUGAUCACAGGAUGCUCCACGGGAGGAAUAGGCCACGCGCUUGCACGCGCCUUCGCGGCGAACAGGUGCAGAGUGGUGGCCACCAGCAGAUCGCGGAGGAGCAUGGCGGAUCUGGAACACGACCACAGGUUGUUGUUGCAAGAAGUGGAUGUUCAAUCCGAUGAGAGCGUGCAGAGAGUGGUCGAUGCCGUUGUCGAUAAGUACGGUCGCAUCGACGUGCUUGUUAACAACGCAGGUGUUCAGUGCGUGGGUCCACUCGCCGAGGUUCCUCUCUCUCAAAUCCAAAACACCUUUGACACCAAUGUCUACGGUUCCAUAAGAAUGGUUCAGGCUGUUGUUCCUCAUAUGGCAGCUAGAAAACAAGGCAAGAUUGUAAACAUUGGUAGUGUUGCUGCCUUGGCCUCUGGACCUUGGUCAGGCACUUACAAUGCUUCCAAAGCAGCUAUUCAUGCUUUGACAGAUACAUUAAGAUUGGAACUUAGACACUUUGGAAUUGAUGUUGUGAAUGUUGUUCCUGGGGCUAUCACUUCAAACAUUGCAAAUUCUGCUCUUGCCAACUACAACCGAAUGCCUGAAUGGAAAUUAUUCAAGCCUUUUGAGGCAGCAAUUCGAGCUAGAGUUUCUUUGUCUCAGGGGUCUAAGUCUACCCCUUCAGAAGAGUUUGCUAAAAUCACAGUAGAAGCUGUUCUUCGGAAGAAUCCCCCUGCAUGGUUCUCCUAUGGCGGUUUCUCUACCUUCAUGGCUAUCAUGUAUCAUUUACCACUCUUUCUUAGAGACUUUAUUUUCAAAAAAUGGUUGAAAUGCUAAACUACGCUUGGGGUGUAUUCAUCUUCCAUGUUGAUGAGUACUCUAGUACUUUAUAUUCACUUCCAUUUUAUCAUAUUGUAGCCAACAAAUAUUUGAAUUAAGAUUCAACUACUUUCUCGUG